GGCAGGAGGUAAAAGGACUCACCCAGGACUCACCCAGGACUCACCCAGGACUCACCCAGGACUCUGCAGGACCUAGUCUCGACCCAGGACCAAGGACUAACUCAGAUCUGAAAUUUAAACCUCAGCAGCAUCAUGAACCUCGAAGAUGCUCUCGGUGAUUGGCCCGGAGGUAACCAAUCAGGAGGUGGAGGGGGUGGAGGGGCGUGGCCAGGACAAAAUAACAACCCCUCUUGGCCAGGUCAGCCGUCCAACCCCACCUGGCCAGGGGGUCAGCCCACUAACCCCAUGUGGCCUGGAGCCCCCUCUCAGCCCUCAGGUCCAGGGGGGUGGCCCUCGGCUCCAUCACAGCCCUCUCAGCCUUCAGGUCCAGGGGGGUGGCCCUCGGCUCCAUCACAGCCCGCUCAGCCCUCCGGCCCGGGGUGGCCCUCCGGUCCCUCCGGUCCCUCUGGUCCCUCUCAGCCCACCAACCCCUCCUGGCCCUCUGGUCCCACUGGUCCCUCUCAGCCCUCCAACCCUUCCUGGCCCUCUGGUCCCUCUCAGCCCUCCAACCCUUCCUGGCCCUCUGGUCCUGCUCCAGGUCCUAAUGUCCCUGUGGCUCCUAUGACAAACCUGUCGGUGCCAUUCCAACAUGACUUUUCUGCUGGACUCCAUGAGAAGAUGCUCAUCACCAUCGCGGGAACUGUCAAGCCACAGCCCAACAAGUUCAUCAUAGACUUCCACGCCGGGUCAGACUUGGUGUUCCACUUUAAUCCACGUUUUAACGAAGCAGGGAGGCAGGUCAUCGUCCGGAACAGCGAGAUUGGGAAGAGAUGGGGCAAAGAGGAGAGGGACCUGCCACACUUUCCUUUUAAAGCGGGACAGGGCUUUGAGAUAAAGAUGCUGGUCACGAACCAGUGUUUUAAAGUGGCUGUGAACAAUUCUCACCUCCUGGAGUUUAAACACAGAGCUCCAAACCUGCGCGCUAUCAACCGUAUGAAUGUGUUCCACGACGUCACGCUGUCCAAGGUCAACGUGGAGACUGUGCCAUGAGCACCUGCCACACCUGCCACAUCUGCCACAUCUGCCACACCUGCCACAUCUACUACAUCUGCCCUGAUGUAGUGUCCUCCUCAGAAACAAGCUGUGUUUUGCUUCAUUCACAUGUGUUUAAUCCUACACAUUUAGUUUUGUCCGACUUCACCUGAUGUCAUGGAAGUGUUACCCUCUCUUUCCAGUUAAGUUAUAAUCAUGAAAUCACCAGGUCCUUUGAGUAUUUUAAAUGCACAAUAUGGGAGGAUUUUGUUGUGGUUAACAUUUAUUGUGGUUAAAUUUGAUCCUUAAUUUUUCUGAAGCUGUAAAUCUUAAAUCAAAUAUGACAUUUCUACAGUUUACAAUAAAGGUAUUGCUGAUCAAUC